CUUCGCGCCUUAGUCUGUGGCUAGGGUUGGCUGUAGGAAGGGAGUGUUUACUUCUUUUCCCCCUGCAGCUGUGUCUUUUAUUAGACGUUCUGUCCGGGGUCCAAGAUGGACAAAGUUUGUGCGGUUUUCGGAGGCUCCCGGGGGAUCGGCAGGGCUGUAGCCCAGCUAAUGGCACAGAAGGGCUACCGUCUGGCGAUCGUCGCCAGAAACCUGGAAGUGGCCAAAGCCGCCGCCGGCGAGCUUGGCGGAAACCACUUGGCAUUUAGCUGUGAUGUUGCUAAAGAGGAGGAUGUUCAGCAUACGUUUGAAGAGAUGGAGAAACAUUUGGGUCCGGUCAAUUUCCUGGUAAAUGCAGCUGGCAUUAACAGAGAUAGUCUCCUAGUGAGAGCAAAAACUGAAGACAUGGUAUCUCAGCUUCACACUAACCUCUUGGGCUCCAUGCUGACGUGCAAGGCAGCCAUGAGGACGAUGAUUCAGCAGGGUGGAUCCAUCGUUAAUGUAGGGAGUGUUAUUGGUUUCAAAGGCAAUGUGGGUCAGUCCGCGUACAGCGCCAGCAAAGGAGGGCUCAUCGGGUUUUCACGCUCGCUUGCUAAAGAGGUUGCGCGGAAGAAAAUCAGAGUCAAUGUGGUUGCACCAGGGUUUAUUCACACAGAUAUGACAAAACACUUGAAAGAAGAACAUUUCAAGAAGAACAUCCUUCUCGGGAGGUUUGGAGACCCUCUCGACGUGGCUCAUGCAGUUGUGUUUCUCCUUGAGUCUCCAUACAUCACAGGAUACGUUCUGGCUGUGGAUGGAGGGUUACAGCUCACCAUCUAAUCAGAGGUGAUUCUGUUGUGAUGGCUGCUGAUUAGGGUCAAGUGCACAUUUUUUUUAUUAAUUAAGCAAUCAUAUCUGUAUGGGUGACAUUUGAUACUAAAAUGGUUCUAUCUUUAUAUGAACAUGUUUCAAAAGAACAAUGUAUGACCAGUUGUAGUCUAAAUGGUAUGAAUUCUCUAUUUUUAGAGGCCAUAGAAAUUUUAGUACAUAGACGUUUUAUAACACAUCGGUAUUAAUUUAUGUAUCUUUGCCUUAAAAAUAGAAGAUUCUGUUGUGAUAUAGUUUAAUUGUAUCUGCUGGGUUUCUAAGACACCAAUUUUGUACUAUUGCUAAAUAAGAGUAUUUGCAGAAGAUUGAGAUCAAUUUUUUAUGAGUUAUUUUUGUUGCUGUGGUAAAACAUCAUGACCAAAAGCAACUUAUCAGAGAAAGUGUCUCUUGAUGCUUAUGGUUCCAGAGAGAUGGAGUCCAUCAUGUCAGGGAAGGCUGGCAGCAGGCAGGAAAAGCAUGGUGGUCGGAGCAGCAAGCUAGCUGGUCACAUGUCAUCCAUACACAGAAGGCAGAGGGGGAACAGGAAGUGGAGGCAGGUUAUAAAAUCUCAAAGCUUACCCCCAGUGGCAUACUUCCUCCAGCAAGACUGCACUUCCUACAGGUUCCAUAACUUCCCCAAACAGUGCCACCAACAAGGAGCCGAGUGUUCAGACAUGAACCCUUAAGGUCAUUGCAUUCAGACCAGCACAGCACUGAGAAGCCUUUGCUGAGGCUCACCUUUUAUGUUUUAUGGUGCAUUUUGAGGCAGAAUAUCACAGUGUGAGCUUCCUCCUCAGCUUGGGAAGCUUUGGUCUUAUUAGAGACCAAGUUUUGCUGGGGAGUAGACAUGAAGACAUAUAGCGGAACGCAAUAGAGAUAGCAUUCCUUUUGCCUUGAACUCUUGUGGGAAAUAAAGAACUAUUUUUAUAUACUAGAUUCAUGUUGAUUUUUUAUUUGCCACCUUCCAAAUAUUUUUAAUAUUUUAUUUUAAAAAGUAAUGUUUUUACCAAGGUGCUCAUAAUUUCAGAUACUUGGUCAGCUGAGGCAAGGACAUAACAAGUUUAAGGACAUGCUAGGUUACAUAGUUCAAGGUCUGGGGAUGUGGUAGAGCACUUGCCCAGUAGAAGAAGACCCCAGGUUCAAUCCUUAGUGCUUCAGACUAGAACAGAACCAAACCCAGGAAUCCAGGAGUCAUCUGAUUGCUGUUUUCAAGUGGAACAUUAUCUAAAUGGAUUUUUGAUUAUAUAUAUAUAUAUAUAUAUAUAUAUGAAUAAGAUGUAGUAAUAAAUUCAUAAUAAUAGUGCCAUAAAUCGAAAACUGUACUGAAUAUGGAGUCCUUUAUCCCUGACAUACUUUCUUUACUUAGUUUAUUAGCAUUCUGUUUUUCCUGUCCUGGGGCUUGAACCUUGGGCUUUGGGCAUGCCUACUAAGUUAGGCUCUCCCCAUAGGUUCCAUCCACAGCCUUUGAUUCAGGAGAAUAUCUGUGUGAGUGCAGUACUACUGAAGGAACAGCCUGCUAAUGCAAGGUGUGGCAGUUGGAGGACUGUUAGGUAGCAGCAUUUCUAGGCAUGUUAGGUAAUGCGACACGCAGGAUGUCUCACAGGUGGUGCACAUGGUAGGGGGCUUUGUGCAUAGAGAGUGGGUAGCUUCCUUAUUCUCUGUUCCAUGUGUCUUUGGCCACUUGUACUUGUACAGGCCUCAGUUCCCUUGGCUGGACACACCAUGAUCUGAACUCAUCAGUGAAGCCGGUUGUUGUGUAAACAAGAGGAAAGCAAGCCAAGUAUGGUGACACUCACCUGGCUAUGGGGACACUCGCCUGGGUAUGGGGACACUCGCCUGACUAUGGGGACACUCGCCUGACUAUGGGGACACUCGCCUGGAUAUGGGGACACUCGCCUGGAUAUGGGGACACUCGCCUGGCUAUGGGGACACUUGGCCUGGAUAUGGUGACACUCGCCUGGCUCUGGGGACACUCGUACAUGGGGUGGGGGUAAUAGAAGAUCAAGGUUGUUUUUAGCUACACAGUGAGCUUGAGACUAGCGUGGGCUAUGUGAGCAAAAUCCAAAAACAGCAAUGAAAUCUAGGUUACCGAUAGGCUUACCCUUGAGUGUAUGUUUGCACUUUAAAAUAAGCUGCUUCUCCCUUCUGUGUCAGACUGAAAUAUGUGGAGAGCUGUGGAAGAGGGGAAAUAAAUCAUCAUGGCUUUGCUCCUGGUGAACUCUCUUUCUGUUCUCACUGACUUGGUAGAAAUUUCAACUGAACACUUGAAUUCCGAGGCCCAAGAACUUCAGUGAAGACUCAGCUCGGGCUGUCUUCCUCCUCCCCGCAGCUCAUGGCCCAGCCCAUGCUGAACAUUUGAAGGAAAAGGUUGGUGGCCAGAGCCAACGUUUUCAGUUUUCACGCUCAGGUUUAAAAUGUGUACUUUUUUCAUAUUUUUAUUCAUAUUCUAUUUACGAGGGGUUGUGUAAGCUUUUUACAAAUAGAAUUAUAUGUUGCAAAUUAGUUUGGGGGGAUAGUUUAUGCAGAAAAGCUAAGUUAAUUUAUACACAUCUAUUACCCAGAAUAAUGAGAAAAGACAAACUGCUUUGGGUAUUCAAGAGUUGAUCCCUAUUGUUACUGGAGCAUUUUCCCCAAGCUCUGUGAAUUGGAAAAAUGUGUGAAUUAUGAAAUUAUUCUACUGUCCUGCUUGACAAACAUUCCUAAAUAAAGUAUUUAAUAGCUGA